GGUAGAAAAUGAAUGAAUGAAUGAAUGAAUGAAUGAAUGAUCUGUUGCUUGUUUUUUUUUUUUUGCUAGAAACCUGAACACCAGACCAUCACUCCCAUAUGUGCGCCUUCCCAAACUAAUGCCAAAAAUUAACUUUUCCACGCACAAUUGUAUACAAUGUCUCUGUACGCUGUAGCACUACAGUUUCCCCUUACUGGGACCAAGAGGUCAAAACUAGUUCCAGUAUGAUAAUGACUCUGUGCACAAUUUCACAAUUUUGAAAUACAUGUUUUUUUUUCCAUGGCUGGAGUGAAAGAAGUUGAGUAUCCUGCACAGAAUGUUAAAAUGUGCACAAAAAUACACAACAUGUGUAUAGAAAAACAUAAUAUUACUCUUCCAACUUCGCCUCCUACUACUUUGUUUAUUACUAUAAUAAAUAAUAAACAAAUUCCAUUUAUAUUCUUGUUUUAAGACUUCAAACUUUUUUAAGUUAUAAUAGAAAUUUCCUUUUUUUUUUUUUUGCUUUUCGUUUGCCGCACAAAUCUGGCAACCAUGAGAGAGCAGAUGAAGUGUGUUUUGUAUGUAUGAUUAAAGUAAAACCUGGGCAACGUUUCUAUCGCGUUUAAUAAAACGCUUAUAUUUAAUCGUGCUUUGCCGUUACUAAAUCAUUAAUUGACAUUUAGUGGAUGAGUUGCAAAUUUAAAGAUUUAAUAGACUGUACUAUAGGCCAUAGACGUCUUUAUUGUACAUCAUAUGAAGUGCACUCACAUAGGGAGUUGUGCUUUUUAGAACACAGCCGUAUAGUGUGUUGCCCCGGCAAAGAUUCACAGUAAGCCGCCAUCUUGAAUUCGCUGUCAACAAGCCAACCACGAGUGAAGCUGUGUAAUUGCUUAGCUAAGGUUGCCAUUGUCAUUUUUAUUUUUUUUACCUUUCUCUAUAUGUUCACAUAUGACCUACAAAGACUAUGGUGCGCAUACAUUUACGCUAAUAAACUUGGCAAUAAACAGAAGAUGCUUUUCCGUUCGUGACGUUUUAUGGACAAGAGAUGAAAACUGAGAGCUACAAAUAAGUCACACUGUAAAUGUUUUGUUUAAUUACAAAGGCGUGAGAAUGCGGCCUUAUGUGAGUCUGAUCAGAAGUGCAGUGUGGACCUGCAGGCUUAGGGUUAGCGAUGGAGAAUUUCAGACAAAUCAAACAAUCCAAAAGAGGACAAUGUGCAGUGAUAUCAGUAAUAAAUGGAUUAGACCAGCUGGAUAUGAUACAGGCAUAAAGACUUUCAACAGUCUCACCAAACAGAAGGAGCCUCUGGUUUUGGCCCAAGAGGGAAGAGCAACAUGGUACAGUUGUGGACCCACAGUGUAUGAUCAUGCCCAUCUUGGUCAUGCAUGCUCCUAUGUAAGAUUUGACAUCCUGCAGAGAAUUUUAACCAGGAUAUUUGGAAUAAACAUAACUCAUGUCAUGGUUAUCACUGACAUUGAUGACAAGAUCAUACAGAGAAGCAUUGAGGAGAGCAUCUCACCGCUUGUGCUUGCCAGAACAUAUGAAGAGGACUUUAAAAGAGACAUGCUGGCCCUGAAGGUUCUCCCGCCAGUUGUGUAUGUAAGAGUCACAGAACACAUACCUCAGAUAAUAGCUUUCAUUGAAGGCAUCAUUAGAAACGGCAAUGCCUACACCACAAGCCAAGGGGAUGUCUAUUUUGAUACUCAGUCCAUCGGCAGUCGGUAUGGCAAGCUUGCAAACAUGGGAAAUACUGCUGGGGUAUCAGUAAGCAAGGAUAAAAGGGAUCCCCGAGACUUUGCUCUGUGGAAAGCCUUGAAGCCGUUCGAACCCUUCUGGGAGUCUCCAUGGGGAAGAGGAAGACCUGGCUGGCACAUCGAGUGCUCCACUAUUGCCAGCUCUGUGUUUGGAAGUCAGUUGGACAUCCACUCAGGAGGGAUUGACCUGGCCUUUCCUCACCAUGAGAAUGAAAUUGCUCAGUGUGAGGCCUACCAUAAGUGUGAACAGUGGGGGAACUACUUCUUACACUCAGGGCACCUUCAUUUGAAAGGCAGCGCAGAAAAGAUGUCCAAAUCCUUGAAGAAUUAUAUUACAAUAAAGGAAUUCUUACAGUCCUAUUCUGCCAAUGAGUUUAGGCUGUUUUGCCUCUUAACCAAGUACAGAUCAGCAAUUGACUACAGUGAUGCCAGUAUGAACGACGCUCGCUCUAAACUCUCCUCCAUCUCAGGCUUCAUCCAUAAUGCCCAGGCAUACAUGCAGGGUCACCUGCAGUGCCAAGAUAUACAUGAGAGCUUUUUAUGGGAGAGGUUAUCAGUCACACAGGCCACCGUGCGAGCUGUACUUGCAGACGACUUUGACACGCCAAAGGCAAUGGACGCCAUCAUGAACCUCAUUCAUCACGGAAACUGUCAGCUUCAGCCUGUUAACAAGGUUAAUGGCAGCCCUAGGUGUCCAGCAGUGUUUGGGGCAAUGCUGUCUUACAUCAGGGAUUUCAUGGAUGCCGUUGGAGUUGACCUGCUGGAUGAAAAGGAGUCAUCCAGUGCUGAAACAUCUAGUAUUUUACACAAUGUGGUGGAGCAGUUGGUGUGCUUCCGUAGCAAGGUUCGAAACUUUGCUCUCUCUGUGGAGGAUGAAGCAAAUCAGGACCAUCAUACCAGCAAAAUGCUGCAGAGAAAGAAACCACAGCCAGACAGAUUGCCUUUACUGAAGGCCUGUGAUGCCCUUCGAAAUGAUCUAAUGCCCUUGGGAGUUCAAAUUAAAGACAGAGGUACCAUCGCCACUUGGGAAAUCAAACAACCACAGAAAGGGAAUCGAGACAAAGAAAGCUAGACUCCACUUCAACCCUAAUAUGGAGAACUAGGUCAACUUCUUUGUUAAGUGGUCUGAAUGUUUUUUUUUGUUGUUGUUUUUUUCUGAGAAAUCACUUGCUAGCUUCUUUUGAGCCAGCCACUGACUUUUACUGAAUUAUCAUCUGUGAUGAUGCUCUAAUGUUCCACAUUAUCUGAAUCACAAAUCAUUUAAUGUCUUGUCUGUAAUGUAAAAGCUGUUAUGUACAUGUAUAUUCAGCAGCAAUCUUGAGAAUAAAUUGUUUUUGUUA